CCUCGAUGUGAUGUAUAGAAGAGCUCUGGUGAAAUGGUCAACAGCAGUGAGGGCGCACGGAUCCCUCGCCUCGGCGGCGAGCAGACGACCUCCUACCGACUUACUUCACGUCACCCCGCCCGUCUGCCCGCCGUCUCCUCCUAAAACCCUGGCUGCGACUCUGGGCUGAGAGCGAGAAGGAGAGAGAGAGAGAGGGACUGAGAGAGACAGAGGCAGAAAGUGAGAGAGAGAGAGAGAGAGGGGAAAAAAAUACAUGCAGACUCCAAACAUCUCCUAGACUACCUGCUCCGGCACAACAAGGGGAGGAGGACGCACAAGUGCAGGCGCGUCCAUGCGUGCCAGCCGAACAAGACAAUAAGCGGGCAAACGGAACCUCCAAUCCGAAACUGGAAUAAGAGUUCAUCUUGUGAACUCUUUGGGGGGGGGGACAAAAAAACAAAACAGCAAACCUUUGCAACGAGAAGGACGCAGCCUAGAUGAGUGCACUGUAAGAAGAGUCAUGCAUCUCAACAGAGAAGAAGACAACAGCAAAGGCUCAGUGUCUCUCAGCGUUUUCCUGGUGUCUGUUGCGUUUGUCGUGUGUGCCGUUUGGCUGGUAGCUCUCUGUGGCGUCUGCACGUGGUGUCAACGUAAACUGGGGAAGAGGAAUAAGCCCUGGGUGGAAGCGGCAAGCUCUCCAGAUUCUGUUCGAGGUCGAGGGGAAAAUAAAGCCAUCAAUGAUCUAGACAGAGACUUUUGGAAUAACAAUGACAGCAGCAAUGUGCAACAGAGGUGGAGCUCCUACCCGCCCAAGGAGUUCCUCUUAAACAUGUCUCCCUAUGCCCCCUACGGAGACCCUCGCCUCACACCCAACGGGGCUGUGGAUAAGGGUGGGCAGGGCGGUGCUGGACCCUCACUGGGGGCCAGUGACAGCGGGGGUGCUUGCUCUGGGACUGGGGCAGGGCCCAGUCGCAGUGACAGCGUUCGGAGCAUGGUGACGGGGGGCAGCAAGGCCGGGCGCUGGCAGACGAUCCAGAGCCACAUGCAUGCCGGAGGCCUGCGGUUUGGCAAUUUCGGGGAUGCUUCCCUCUCAUCUGCUUCCACCCUGGAGCACAUCCCUUCCUCGGCUGUGGCACGCCCUCGGCCCCUCGUCCGGCAGCAGAGCCUCCAACAGCCCCUCACUCACCAGCCCCCUCCGGGUCCCAACGAUCCCCCAGUCACAUCACAGAGCCUGGGCCAGCUUCACACGGGCCCAGGCGGCGGAGGCAUCCGUGGGGGCCCGCGGGGGGUCCGGGGGAGUCCGGCUGGAGCCUCCCGGCACAGAGGAGGAGGGGCGGGCCGGUCAAGGUCAAAUCCAGGCAGCUGGGAUCACAUGAUGGAGCAGAUCCGCCACAGAGGGCUGGACGUCAAGUCGUUCUUUGAGGGGAAGAUGGUUGUUCUGUCUCUAGCAAUCGGGCUGGCUGAACAGGAUGACUUUGCCAACCUCCCAGAUCUACAGGAAGCACCGGCAAGCAAAGAGAAUGAAACCACACCAGAAAAGAGGACUCCAGGUAAUAAACCAGGCAGUAGCCCCAGAGGUCAAACCCCAGAUGAGACCGGACGUCGCCACGAUGCCAACUCCUCUGUUUCUGACUUGGCCAACUCCGUCACCAGUGACAUGCUCAUGUUGUCUCCAGGUUCUGAGGAAGACGACCACGAGGGCCCAGUGUGUGAGAAGCUGGGUCGUAUUCAGUUCAGUGUUGGAUACAGUUUCCAGGACUCCACCCUCACUGUCAAAAUCCUCAAGGGCCAGGAAUUGCCAGCUAAGGACUUUUCCGGCACCUCUGAUCCGUUUGUCAAACUCUACCUGCUGCCAGACAAGAAGCACAAACUGGAGACCAAAGUGAAGAGGAAGAAUCUAAACCCCCACUGGAAUGAGACCUUCCUGUUUGAAGGGUUCCCCUAUGACAAGGUUGUCCAGAGGACUCUAUAUCUGCAGGUUCUCGACUACGACCGCUUCAGCAGGAAUGACCCCAUAGGAGAGGUGUCCAUCCCCCUCAACAAGCUGGACCUGGCCAACAUGCAGACUUUCUGGAAGGAGCUGAAACCAUGUAGCGAUGGCAGCGGGAGUCGAGGGGACCUGCUGGUGUCUCUGUGCUACAACCCCACAGCCAACACCAUCACUGUGAGCAUCAUCAAAGCCCGAAACCUCAAAGCCAUGGACAUUGGAGGCACUUCUGACCCCUAUGUAAAAGUGUGGUUGAUGAACAAGGACAAGCGCGUGGAGAAGAAGAAGACGGUGGUAAUGAAGCGCUGUCUGAACCCCGUGUUCAACGAGUCCUUCCCCUUCGAUGUGCCCGCCCACGUGCUGAGGGAGACCACCAUAAUUAUAACCGUCAUGGACAAGGACAGACUCAGUCGCAAUGAUGUCAUUGGAAAGAUUUAUCUUUCAUGGAAAAGUGGCCCUGCAGAGGUAAAGCACUGGAAAGACAUGAUGGGUCAUCCCCGUACGACUGUGGCUCAGUGGCACGCUCUCAAGGCCUGAGGGACCCGUCGACCAAACCUGCCGACAGUGUUUUCUCCCCUUAGAAUUCGGCAUCAGCCACGAAGCCCCUGCCCUCAGCACAUGCCCCCCGACUCCCUAACUGCAGUCAUGGACUGUAGAAAACUGUCUGUCAUCUCUUUGUUCUCAGGCCUCUUUGAUAUAUCCCCUGCCCUCCGUCCUUGUGACGCCACCCUUACAUUUCACCCUUGUCAAAGUCUGAAUCCCACCUGACCCCCUUUAAUCCAUUUGUCUGAACUAGAAAAUGUCUUUGAUGUCCGAAAGCACCUCCUCCCCGUUCCCCUCUUUCUAUGAGAUUUGUUUUCUUCUUUUGAAGAUUGGUCUUUCCUCCACCAUAUCAAACAUUCUGAGUGUUAACCAUCAGACCAGCAGCCUACCUCUUGCCACCCAUGUAUACUACCAACCAAAAAUGGUGUGGAUGGCGCUGACCUGUGCAACCCAUGUACCACCUACAUCUGGUGUUGCAGUGAGGAAUCUUCCACUCUGCUCCUCGCCUCUUUGUUCGAGUCCUCUCACCACGCCUCUUUGUUCGAGUCCUCUCACCACGCCUCUUUGUUCGAGUCCUCUCACCACGCCUCUUUGUUCGAGUCCUCUCACCACGUCCUCAAAACGCCUGAAAAAUCAGGAAAAACCAACACAGGCAACGGAGGAGUGAUGGUCUGUAUUUGAAAUGGAAUUGGACUGGAACUGGAACCUGUCACUCAAUCAGUGUUUGAUCUUUUUUCACUUUUCACUCUUUCUCUGGCACCACUGUAAUAAUUCUCCCUUGGCUGGAACCCUUCGUCGUCUGUGCGUGCUGUGGGUGAUGUGCUGUAACCCCAAAUGAAGAAGAAAAAAAAAAGGAUGUGAACGUGAUUAUUUAUCAUUGGUCCAGUAGGGCAAGUGUCAAAAAAAGACAAUACAUUUUUCCCUAUUUUCUUGGAAAAGAAAACCCGAUGGACAGGAAAAAAGAGUAAAGUGAUUAAUGUCGUGUUUUAAUUUUUGGAUUUAAAAAAAACGUAGAAAAUCAACUUGUUCUUCCAGACUGAAAAUAAGCAAAAAGCCAGCUUCCGUAAAUGUGUGUGUGUGUGUGUGUGUGUGUGUGUGUGUGUGUGUGUGUGUGUGUGUGUGUGUGUGUGUGUGUGUGUGUGUGUGUG